UAAGAGCAGGAAUCAUCGGCGCUCUUUUCAAACCGCUUUGCCGCGGAAACUCGAGUUUGUUGAAUAUUGACUAUAGCUCCAUGACACGUGACGCUAUUAGAUCAAUAGGACGCAAUGAUUUUAAUGUACACAUUUGCCUUAAGGUGUUGUCUGCCACUGAAGUUGAACUAAGUUGAUGAUAGCCAGGUUAACGUUAGCAGUCAGAAACACCAUAGCUUCCCUUCGAGUAAGGUAAGGCAAACACCCUGUGAUUUAACAAGGCGGGUGGUGCUAACUACUCGAUUAUUUACUUGUAAUGGCUAAAGACCAAAAUAACCAUGUAACGUAAACAAGGUAAACUCACAAACUUAGUUCACGGCCGCUAAUUUCCGCUCAUUAGCUAAGUCACUUAACAUUAGCUUACGUCAACACACAGGCUAGCUAGCCGUAGCCAGUUUUCCAACGUCAGCAUCUGGAACAAGAGCUAUGUCUAAUAUUCGCUAAUUAGCCCUAGCUAACAGCGUUAUCUACUAGUACAUAUUGUGCCAAAUUGCAACGAUGAGCACCAACGCAGAGAGGAAAUUCAUUAGUUUGAGGAAACGUCUGGAUCAGAUGGGGUAUCGACAGCCACUGGGAAUCGAAACAUUACCACUGGUGGAGAAACUGUUCAGUGAUUUGGUCCACACCACUGAAAGCUUGCGCAAUGCCAAACUUGCAGCAGGGAAGACAGAGAAAGAAAACCGCAACUUUGAUGCUCUUCUGGAGCCAUACAAGGCAGAGAAUGCCAGGCUGGUCAGGGAAAACAACGAGCUGCACCUUGAGUUGCUGAAGCUGAGGGAGGAGAAGGACUGCAUCAGCAGAGAGCUCAAGACGCACAUAAGGAAGCUGGACCAUGAGACGUCUGAUCUGAAGUUUUUAAACAAUCAGUAUGUGCACAAGGUCCGCUGCCUGGAGAAAGACAGCAAAGCUAAAGCUGAACGCAUCCAGCAGCUGCAGGAGAAGAAUAUGCAAGCUGUGGUGCAGACACCUGGUGGAAAAAAGCGCAGCAUUCCUUUCAGACGUCAGAGAAUGCAAAUUGAUGAGCUCAUACCUCCCUCUACUACCACGACUUAUCCCGUGACACAGCCUGAUGAUCCAUACAUAGCUGACCUACUACAGCUGGCAGAUGGAAGGAUUCAGGAGCUGCAGGAUGACAUCAUAAAAGUCAAACUAGACCUGGAAAAUGCUCAGGAAUGUAUAAAACACUUAAAUAUUCAGACUGAAGAGCGGGACAAAGAGAUUGAGCGUCUAAAUCGUGUGCUUGACGGAGGACGUCCGCAUGAUGUCAUCUCCCUAGAGGCUCAGAACAUCAGCAAUGAGAAAGUGAUCGCCCACCUUAACCUUCAGAUCGAGUACUUACAGGAGACCAACAGGACACUGGAGCAGAAGAUAGAGGGGCUGCAUCAGAAGAGGAAGGAUGCCUCCACUGAAGUGGCCAAUCUGUCUCUAAAGAACCAGGAACUGUGUGAUGAGCUUACCCACAUAGAUCACCUUGCCAAGCAGCUAGAGCUGGACAAGGAGCACGUCUUGGAAACUGCUGAUCUGGAACUGCAGGAAGCUAAGAAAGAAAUUCAAAGGCAGCAGUCAACCAUUGAGGACUUAGAGGAUAUUAUCACAAAAAUUAGACGGGAGCAGUCAGAAGGCGACUAUGAAAAAAAUCGUCUCAGGGACCAGCUGGUGGAGCUCAAGGAGCAGAAUGAGAAAAUGGAGGGACUGUUGAAUUUCCUUGAGGAAGAAAAAAGUAGGCUGCAGGACAAAAUGGAGAAAUUGAUGGCAGCUGACAAAGACCUGGUGCUGGAGCUGGAGACCAUGCGGACUAAGCAUGGUGUUUGUGGAAGGGAGCGCUCCCCAUCACGCUUGGAUGCAUUUGUCAGGAGUCUAGAGGAGGAGAGAGAUUACUACCGGCAAGAGGCUGAGCGCUAUAAGAGGAGCAGAGGACAUGGGGGUCUGGACUCAAGUCCCACCCGUAGUCCACACAGAGGCAGGAGUCCUGGGUCUAGAGUAAUCAGGGGGAGUGCUGGGGAGACAGAACUUUCUCGGGCAGUAAAGGAAAGAGAUGAACUGAGAGCUGCUCUGUUGGGCUUUGAGAAACACAUGGAGGACAUCCAGAGCGACGUCAAGGCUCUCAGUGCUGAGAGAGACCAGCUCAAGGCACAGCUAAGACAGGUUCAAGAAGAGCUAAAGCACGCUCAUAAAGAUACAGCUCUAUCUGCUGACAUCGUGAAGUUAAAGGAAGACAUAAAGCAGGCAGAUAUUGAACUCCAUCAGAUGACUUCUGAAAGAGACACACUCAUGGAGAGAUUAAAGGUGGCCCAGACUUCAGCUCUUACAGACAGACAGGAAGAGGAGAGGAGGAUCCUAAACCUGGAGAAUGCCAUUAAGAGUUUGGAGCGAGAGCGGCUAGAGCUGCGGUCACAGGUGUGUCUGCUGAAGGAAGGCAAGGAGGCUGUGGAGGAGGAGCUGAAGGCGCGGUCCACUGUUAUGGUCCAAAAUGCAGAGGAUGCAGUACAGCAGAGGGCUGAGUCAAAUGCUCUGAGGCUGCUACAGGAGCAGAUGGAGCAGACGCUGUGUGAUACUCAACACAGACUGUCUGUGAAGAUGAAUGAACUGAGUGCUGCCCAUGAGCAAAUUGAGAAACUGGAGGAGAGAAUAGGAGAACUGAGUCAGCAGGGCUCCGGCCACAGGGACGAGGUGGCUGUUCUUCAGAAGACCAUCUCUGCCCUGGACAGGGAGAAAGAUGCUCUGCAGGAUGAGGUGGAUCAGAAGACUGAGAAGCUGGUUGUGCUCCAGGGGGAACUAUCUAAGAAGGAAAAGACCCUUGAAGAUGUAAGACUGACAGUCACAAACAUGGAUAACUCGCUUAUUCAGUUGAAGGGGGCAUUAAGCAGCCGUGAGAGGGAAAUAGCCAGUCUGAGGCGACAGCUGGAUUCCUCUCAGGAGGAGUUAUCUGGACUCAGAAGAGACAAAGAGAUCACACUCAAAGAGAACAGGCGGCUGCAAGAUGACCUGGCCACAAUGACCCGAGAGAACCAAACUGUACACGCGGAGAUGGAAGAAGCUUUGCAUGAGAAGGAUGAGCUGAAGUUGAGGGUUCAUUCUUACAUCUCUGAGGUGUCCAGAAUAGAGAAGCUAAUGGCUGCAAAGGAGCAGGAGAACAGAGACAUGCUGGAACGCUUCCGGAUGGCUCACUCUGAGGUGGAGGACCGGGAUCAGAAGCUACAGCAGGCUGAAGGCCUGAACAACUCCAUCCGCUUGGAACUGCUCUCUUCAGAUACUGAGCGCAGGCACCUUCGCGAGACUGUCAGCCACCAGGAGAGAGAAAUCCAGCAGCAUAUGCAAGCUCUUCAGGCAUAUGAGGCCCAGGUAUCAUCGCUGGCUCGUGGGAUGUCCCGACUAGAGGAGGAGCUGCACAUAGCACAAGGGGACAAAGCUGCUGCACUCUCUGAUCUGGCCUCUGUCAGGGAACUCUGCGUCAAACUGGACUCAGGCAAAGAUAUCACUGGACGCCAGCUCACGGCCAAGAGCAUGGAGCUGGAGAGGGUCACAGGAGAACUGGAGGAUGUUCGGUCUGGGGCAGAGCUAUUAAAGAAGCAGCUGGCAAGUGAGAGGUUGACUGUCCGUAACCUAGAGACACUUCUCUCCACCAAUCGGCAAAAAGAGUUCCAAACUCACCUGACCGCUAGUGAGAGAGAGUCCGAGCUGAAGGUCCUACGUGAUAGGCUUGCCCUGGCUGACAACAAAAAUGCAGGGCAUGCCAGGGAGGUGUCCCAGCUCCGAGGGAAAGUCUCUCAGCUGCAGACUGAGAUGGACAUACUGAAGAGACAGCUGACUACUGAGCGGUUUGAGCGUGAAAGGGCAGUUCAGGAGAUGCGCAGACAGGGUUUAUCGUUCUCCUCCCUGCGGAGCUCCUCUCCUCUCAGUGUCUCUGUCAGUCCUCAUCCCGUCUCCCCAGAACGCUCCAUCCUGCGACCUCUUGACCGCUCCACUGACAAAUCAGCAGACAAAAGUGUGAGCUUCAAGGACUAGCACUUAAAAGGACAGGGAAACGAAGGUGCAGAUGAGUGACUCAGAACCCACUAGAAGCCUGUGUUUGAGGUCUUAUGGUGGACAUAAGUUCUCAUGAUAUGUAUAUGUAUUGGCAUUAACACUUGGCUUGAUGUGUCUCUAAAGCAGUAUACUUGAAUGUCACUAUUUUCCGUGCCAUCUAAAGACCUAAAGAAUGUUUAACAUUAAACCAGCUGUAGAUGUUAACUGAAGCUGAUGAAAAUGCCAAGAUGGACUGAACAAACUCAUAUUUUUGAGCCAAAUAUCCAACUAGAAACAAAGUAUCCACUCUGUCAAUGAAAGAUACAGCCAUUAAUGAAGUUAUGGGAUGUCUCUGGGAGUAAGCAGAGGCAUUCUUUUACCACGUGCUCUUGAACUGAAUUUGGUUUCUAGCACGAACGACUUCCAGUACGUGUAGGAACAUAAUUAUUAGCUCAGCGCUGUCUGCAGUGCUCUGUGACAAUGUGUUUAAUAUUAAUGUUUUUUCAAAUGAUGCUUAAAUUAUUAAAUUAUUCACAAAUAAAGCAAUACAAAAAUGAAGUAUAGUAUACAGACCAUGUUUUU